GAGGCCAUGCCGAAGGCUGCGGGUAUGAAACCUGCCCAGGGCAUAGCAGCUGUCCGGUUGGCAUCUGAGCACAUGCACCUUUAGAGUAGGGAGUUCAGCUCAUGUUGAAAGAUGGAGGAUUCGGAGUCAGAGUUCAACCUGAAAGUCGUCCUGGUCAGUUUUAAGCAGUGUCUGACGGAGGAUGAAGAGGUACUGCUGGACCACUACAUCAACAGCUGGAAGGGACUGGUCAGGUUUCUGAAUAGCCUGGGCACCAUCUUCUCGUUCAUCUCCAAGGACGUGGUCUCAAAGCUGCAGGUCAUGGAACAGCUGCGCAGCAGCCCCCAGCGUGAGCACUACACCAGUCUGCAGUCCAUGGUGGCCUACGAGGUUGGGAACAAGCUGGUGGAUAUGGACCGCCGCUCUCGUCACCCGGACUCAGGCUGCCGGACCAUGCUGCGCCUGCACCGUGCACUGCGCUGGCUGCAGCUGUUCCUGGAGAGCCUGCGCACCAGCCCGGAGGACGCACGCACGGCGGUGCUCUGCACUGACUCCUACAAUGCCUCCCUGGCUGCCUACCACCCCUGGAUCGUGCGCCGGGCGGUCACAGUGGCCUUCUGCACCCUGCCCACCCGCAAGGUCUUCCUCGAGGUCAUGAACGUGGGGUCCCCUGAACAGGCCAUAGAGAUGCUGGGUGAGGCCCUGCCCUUCAUUGAGCAUGUGUACGACGUUUCCCAGAAGCUCUAUGCCGAACACUCCCUGCUGGACCUGCCCUAGGGACCGACGCCAGGCCCAGUGGGCCUCCCUUGCCUGGAGCUGAGCCGGGGCAGCCUGGGGCCCUCAGUUCACAGCAGGGCUUGCUGAAUACCACAGGCUCUGGCAGGAAAGGCGGUGGUCCCCAGAUCAGGAGAGGCACAGGGUAGCUGCCUUCCUGGGCCUGGACAACAAACCUGAGCCCAGCUUCUCCCUCAGCCUAUGCAGUGUAUGCAGCCAGGCCGCCCUGAGGUGUGGAAGGUGGAGGAGGCAGGGCAGGGAGAGCCAGGAUGUUGCUACACCACUCAGGUGUGGAAUCCACG